AUGUCGUUCCAGAACUUCGAUUCCUUCCCGAACCAGGCCGACGGCGGUGCUGCCGCUGCUGGUGCUCCGGCCCCUGCCGACACCACCAUGACCGGUCAGACUGACCCCGCGGCCGCUGGCUUCCAGGGUCCUGCUCCUGGUGAGCCGGCCGCUGGCGCCGUGCCCCAGCAGGGUGCCGAUGGCAAGACCACUCUCUGGAUGGGUGAGCUCGAGCCCUGGAUUGAUGAGAACUUCAUCCGCAACCUGUGGUUCCAGAUGGGUGAGCAGGUCAACGUCAAGAUGAUCCGUGACAAGUUCUCUGGGAGCAAUGCUGGCUACUGCUUCGUGGACUUUGCCUCUGCGGCUGCCGCCGCCAAGGCCCUCUCUCUGAACGGCACCCCCAUGCCUAACACCAACCGGGUUUUCAAGCUGAACUGGGCGACUGGCGGCGGCCUUGCCGACCGCAGCCGCGAUGACCGUGGCCCCGAGUACUCCAUCUUUGUCGGUGAUCUCGGCCCGGAGGUUAACGAAUACGUUCUCGUUUCGCUCUUCCAGAGCCGCUUCCCGUCCUGCAAGUCCGCCAAGAUCAUGACCGACCCCAUCAGCGGCAUGUCCCGUGGCUAUGGAUUCGUCCGCUUCUCCGACGAGAACGACCAGCAGCGCGCCCUCACCGAGAUGCAGGGUGUCUACUGCGGCAACCGCCCCAUGCGCAUCUCCACCGCGACCCCGAAGAACAAGGGCCCGGCUCUUGGCGGUGGCCAAGCUGGCAUGGGUGGUAUGCCCGGCCCCGCUGGCAUGUACCCUCCCAUGGGCGGUCCCCCCAUGGGCUUCUACGGCGCUCCCCAGCCCAUGAACCAGUUCACCGACCCCAACAACACCACGGUGUUUGUCGGUGGUCUUUCGGGCUACGUUACCGAGGAUGAGCUCCGCUCGUUCUUCCAGGGCUUCGGCGAGAUCACCUACGUCAAGAUCCCCCCAGGCAAGGGCUGCGGGUUCGUCCAGUUCGUCCAGCGCCACGCCGCCGAGAUGGCCAUCAACCAGAUGCAGGGCUACCCCAUCGGUAACUCGCGCGUCCGUCUGAGCUGGGGUCGUUCGCAGAACAACUCCGGCCCGGCCGGCAGCCCCUACCGCCCGGCUCCCCCGCCGCCCCCGAUGUACCCCUCCAUGGGCAUGCCCCCGGCUCACCAGUACGGCGGUUUCGCUCCGAUGAAGGUUAGCAGUCACCCAGGCAGCCCGGCACCGGAUCGCACCUGA